AUGUCUGUUAGUCUUUCAGUAGAUUUUGUUGUUCAUUUUGUUGUUGGCUAUAUUCAUACAGAUUCAGCAGAUAUUGAUCAUGAACGAAAAAAAAUAAAACAACAUUAUUUAUCAUCAAUAUCAACACCAACAGAAUCUCCUGAUAAUAUGGAAAUACGAAUUCCUCGUAAAAUGAGUACUUAUCAUUUAAUAUAUAAACAACAACAAAUCGAACGUGAAACACGUGUAACAGAAUCAAUAUCUCGUGUUGGUUCAGCUGUUUUUAUGGCGGCAUUUACAACAUUUGCAGCUAGAUUUUCAAUGACAUUAUCAUCGCUUACUGCAUUUCGACAAAUGGGACAAUUUUUAAUGACAAUUAUGCUUACAUCAUGGGUAUUUUCAAUGUUUUUCUUUUUACCAUUAUGUGCUUAA